AUGCAAAUCAAAUGCAUCCAGACCUCAACAGUGCGGCCAGCUGAAUCAUGGUUAAUUACAAGCGCACAGGGCUUGGAAUACCUUGUUCAAAUCGGUUUCCCCCGAGACUGGCUGAAUCCUCAAAGCAAGCCGAAGGAACGAAGCGUUCCAAUCAUGUACCUCACUGAUGGGAACUCCGUUUUUUCGUCUUCCCUGGAGAGACUCCAUCAACAUCUAGUCCUGUCCGAGUUCGGCACAUCUGCUGGAGUCAUUGUGGCCAUUGGCUACCUGCUCCAACCCGACUCGAAUUUCUUGUGGAGUGCUAGGAGAAAUUGGGACUUAACGCCCCCAUCCCCAGGGUGUCUCCCUGAUGAGGGCGGUGCAGAUGAUUUCGCCAAAUUCAUCCAGAGCCGAGUGAAGCCACUUGUGCACCAGCGGAUCAAGGAGAUUCGCGGGGUUGACCCAGGAGCGCAAUGUUUAUACGGGCAUUCUCACGGUGGGCUGUUUACUUUGCACGUCAUGUUUACAAGGCCUUGGAUGUUUGAUAGUUACAUUGCUUCUAGCACCAGUAUUUCCUGGAACAAUGGAUUCAUUCUGGAGGAGGAAGCAUCAUUUCGCUCUAGAAGAGUCGAAUGCACCUCUCCACCAUCACUGAUGUUAUACGUUGGUGGAGCAGAGCAGAAUCCGCGGCGAAAACGAGAUGAGACGGAUGACGAAUAUGAGAAACGACGGGAGCAAUAUCAGAAGCACAAAGAUGUAGACUCCGUGUUGGGAAUGAACACACGGCUCCGGGACUCUGGUAAGAUGAAGUAUCUGACGUGCAAAGUGUAUGACGGAGAGGACCAUGGAACCGUCAUUAUGUGUUCAAUCAGUCAGGGUUUGGCAACCUUUUUGGACGGCUGGCCAUAUAUCGAUUAA